AUGGGUCCUGUUAUUGGUAAAGGUGGAACUAAAAUUAAAGAAAUUCAAGAAAAAUCUGGUGCGAGAUGUCUAGCUUCCGAAGAAAUGCUUCCACUAUCUACAGAACGAACUAUUUCAAUUACGGGUGUUCCUGAUUCAAUUCACAUUGCUGUUUUUCAUGUUGGAGAAGAACUUGCAAAACAUCAAAACGAUCGAAAUACCGGAAUUACUUUAUAUAGACCUCAACCACGAAUUCUUUACCAUCAGGCUGCUCCUGUUGCUGGUAAUCACCCGUUUUAUGUUGGACUUCCACCUGCUCCUCCUCCAUAUGGACGUGAUUUCAUGCCAGGUCCACCUGGUCCAAUUAAUCAUCAACCUCCACCAGGGUCUCAAGCACAGCAAAUUUUUAUCCCUAAUGAUAUGGUUGGUUGCAUUAUCGGUAAAGGAGGAAGUAAAAUCAACGAAAUUAGACAUCUUUCUGGUUCACAUAUUAAAAUUGCUGAACCACACGGUAAUACGAAUGAAAGACUAGUCACUAUCACGGGAACCCCCGAAUCAAAUCAGAUGGCACUUUAUCUGCUAUAUAGUCGACUCGAAACUGAGAGAAGAAAACCUAGUGUUUAA